UGGAUCGCAUUUUUUUCGAGUGCGUUUUUAUUUUCACUUUUGRAAUUUCUUGAAAAAAAGCUGUUUAAUACCGUCUCAAAAAGAAAUGAAUCAAGGUUCCUUUUGAGGAAACUGCAAACUUUUGUUUUCAGUCGACGAUAUGGCAGAAAAGGUAACCUUAGAUUCUCCAGCUCCAAACAGCGACGUCAAAGCAGACGAAGCAGACUUCACAGCCGUUGUUUUCCAUGACAUCUCCGAUAUUUAUCCUCCCGAACUAGAUAUUGAAUGUAAGUACACCAUAAAAUCUUCAGUCAAACUUUCUAAAAGAGACUGGGUUGGUUUGUUCAAAGUGGGAUGGCAAAACUCUGGCGAACAUUGCACAUACGAGUGGUCGCCGUUCAUCGAGCAAAGCGAACCUGGCGAAGAGAGAAGGCCCACUGCGAAUAGGGUCGUAUUUCGGUCAAGAUAUCUACCAAAGUCUGAUGAAGAAUUUUUCCAGUUUUGCUACGUUACAAAUUCGGGAGAAGUUCGUGGCGCCAGUGUACCUUUUCAAAUAAAAGAAAAAACUGACGUUUCCGAGUAUGAGUUCUGCGAAGUCGAAGAUGACGAGAGUAUGUUGAUGGUUAAAAAUCGGACGGCAAUUCUCGAAGAAUCUCUUUCAAGAGCGUUAGAAGAAAAUKCUUCCCUUAAGGUAUCUAACGAAAAGAAGAUGAGUGAUAUAGAAAAGCUGAAUGAUAUGGUUGUUGGACUAGAGAAGCGAAAGUCUGAACUAGCAGCUCAAGUUAACCACGAAAGAAAACAAAACUCUUCCUUGUCGAAGGAACUAGAAUUGGUCAACAACAACUUGAAAGUGAAAGUGGAGGAACUUGGAGCGGAAAGACUCCGGAGGGAGGAACUGGAAGCUGAGGUAGAAAAACUCGAAACAGACAAGAAAGAAAUGGUGGUGAUUGUUGAGCAUGCAAAUAAGAAAUGCGAAGAGUUUGCAGAAAUUGUUGAAAAAGAGCAAAUGCAGUAUUCUGAGGCCAAGAAAUCGAAAGAAAAGUUGGUCAGUGAAAAGUUGCAGUACUUGCAAAAAAUCGCAGAGAAUCGUGAGCUUACUGAUAACUUACAAGCAGAAUUACUCCUAAAGAAAGAAGACCUCUCUGCUCUCAAAGAAGAAAAAGAUAAAUUAUCAGCUACUCUUGCAAAGCUACGUGAAGAUGUGCUGCAAAAGGAAAAAGCUUGUGCUAAGCUCCAAGAAGAACUGGUUGCGCAUGAGCAGACUUUGGCCAAAGAAAGACUCCAAGCUGGAGAAGAGGCUGCAAAAAUGAAGGCAGAAUGGCAAUCACUUUACAGCAAAAUUGAAAGUCAGCAAAGUGAGCUCAAUAAUGCCAAUGAUAUUGUGGAAUCACUUAAGUCUAAAAUGAAAUCACUCGAGAAAGAAAAAGAUGUUUUGAUGGAAGCAAACUUAAAUGAAGCCAGCCAAUUUGAAACCAGACUUCAAAUCAUCACAGAGGAAGGUCUUAUUAAAGACGACGCCAUCCAAAGACUCGAAUUUGAACUUGAAGAUGCAAAAGUAAAGUGUGAAUUUGAAAGAGGAAGAAAUGCUGCAUUGGAGGAAGAUUAUGAGUCUGCAUUAAGAGGACUAGAAAAUCAACUGGAAGGUGAAAAAGCUUUGAACAAGUCAUUGUGUGUCCAGACAGACAACACUGUAACUGAUCUUCAAAAUCAACUGGAACAUCAACUGCAGGUUAAUGCCGAACAAGCAAAGCUCCUGGAGACUAAGAUGGCAGAGUUGAAAAAUAUCACAGAGGAAUACGAGGAACACAAGAAACACCAGAAAUCCCUGCAUGAAAAGUUAAAACUUGUAAAUGCACAACUUUCAGCCACAGAUUCUGAAGUGAAUGCUCUAAAAACAGAGAAGGAAAUGCUACAAACAUCUUUAAGUGAUACUAAAGGAAAGAAUGAAAAGUCAUCCAAGAAUUCAGCAGCAUCAAUGUAUGCUCUCCAAACAGCUCAUGCACAUCUUGAGAAAAAAUAUGUUGAAACCAAGAAAAAAGUGGAAGAAUUAUGGAARGACAAAAAYGAGCUUAAACGAACCCUUGCUGUUGUCCAAGGAAAUUUGUCUUCAACUGACAUGCGUCAUGAAAUUGAAGAGUUUCGUGCCAAAAAUGAAGAUCUGAGAGUACGUUUGAAUAUGGGAGCUGAAGCCUACAAGGUUAAGUUUAUCGAGUGUCGCCGCUUGGAAUCACAGCUCAAAAAACUUCAGAAAGGCCAGCCAAGUGUAGAUGGAGAGAACACUGGAAAACUUAAACAGGAACUAGAAGAACAAAAAUCUAUUGGAUUGGYAGCAAAAGUAGCUUUGGAUGCAGAAAAAGAAGCCUCAAGGCAAAAAAAUCUGGAGAUUGAGGAGCUAAAACAUGAAAUUAGGCAAUUGACUCAAGACAUGGAAUCGUUAACCAUCAAAAGAGUUGAGGAAGAAACAACACAAAUGGCUGGCUACACUCAGCAACUAGAAGCUGAUAUAUCAGACAGACAAAACAGACUGGCAGAGAUGGAAGAUUUGUUUAAYAAUGAAAAGAAAGAAAAGCUUAACCUCAUUGAGGAGAUUGUAAAUCUUCAGGGACAACUCAGRACACAAGAACAAGAAACAGCCUCCAAAGAAGAAGAAUUGGGAAAUCUCAGAGAGUUACUGACUCAUGAACAAGACGAGAGAGACAGACUUGGAGAAAUGGCYCGGAAUAAAAUCCAAGAUCUUGAAGGACAAGUGAGGCAUUUGACWGGUGAAGUUGAAAGAUGGAAAAAAGAAGUUGAUAUACAUGUUGAGGCCGCUGCCAAGAUGAUAGGAUCAAGAGAUGAGACCAGGGAACAACAACAGCAGACAUCUCCAGGUAUGAUAUUAUGAUGAUUACAAACCUAA